ACGCAGGGCCGGGCUGCUUUCCGGCGGCCGCUGAGAGACAGCUUUUCGGCGGCGCCCGGCGAGAGGCGCGAGGGGAGACUGACGUGAGCUCAUCGGUCUCUCCCGGGGGGAAGCCGGCGUCGAGAGGAGCCGAGCCCGAGCGGGGCCUGGCCUGUGGAGGCCUUCGCCAGCCGCGGGGCCGCGCCAGGCAGCCGCCGCCUCGUCCCACUUCUCCCCCGAGGCGCCGCACGGCCGGGCAGCGGAUCCAGGCCUCGGCCAGCGCCGGGCCUCCGGGGCCCUCCCGGGCUCAGCAUGCCCGGGGUGAAGCUGACCACCCAGGCCUACUGCAAGAUGGUGCUGCACGGCGCCAAGUACCCGCACUGCGCCGUCAACGGACUGCUGGUGGCCGAGAAGCAGAAGCCGCGCAAGGAGCACCUUCCUCUGGGCGGCCCGGGUGCCCACCACACCCUCUUCGUGGACUGUAUACCCCUCUUCCACGGCACCCUGGCCCUCGCCCCCAUGCUGGAGGUGGCCCUCACCCUGAUUGAUUCAUGGUGCAAAGAUAAUAGUUAUGUGAUUGCUGGUUAUUAUCAAGCUAACGAGCGAGUAAAGGAUGCCAGUCCAAACCAGGUUGCAGAAAAGGUGGCCUCCAGAAUCGCCGAGGGCUUCAGCGACACGGCUCUCAUCAUGGUAGACAACACUAAGUUCACGAUGGACUGCGUGGUACCCACAAUCCAUGUGUACGAACACCACGAAAACAAAUGGCGCUGCCGAGACCCUCACUACGAUUACUGUGAAGACUGGCCAGAGGCCCAGAGGAUCUCGGCAUCACUCCUGGAAAGCCGGUCCUAUGAAGCGCUCGUGGAUUUUGAUAAUCACCUGGAUGACAUUCGGAAUGACUGGACAAACCCAGAGAUCAAUAAAGCUGUUCUGCACCUGUGUUAGGGAGGGAUCUCAGUGACUGGCCUCUGGGCAUUUCCGCUACACUGAAGAAGAAAAGCUAUUUUUAAAUGUAAAUAAAAUCUCUCAUAGCCCGUGUGUCAAGCUGACAGUUUUCAGAAGUGGCAUGUGCCUUGCAAGAGGGCACAGUGUCCCGUCAGUCGUCUUUCUAAUGCAGAGCCUCGAGAACAGGCACAGACUGUCCCACCUGACCAUCCCUGUGGAGUCCUUCCCAGUUGUACGUUGCUAUAAUUCUUUAAAUCAAAGCUAUUUCUGCUUGUCCGAGAUUGUUCCUAUUAAACGAUUUUAACCUUUUAUAA